CUUGCACCACACCAGAGGCCAACAUGAAGACAGUCACCAUCUUUGUUCUGCUGGCUUUUGUCAUCAUGGGGCUGGAGGUGGCCUGGGCUCAGAAGUCUCCUGGCAAAGGACAACAGAGACCUGGAUUCUGCCCAGAGUUGCCCAAAGGUACUGUAGGAAUUUGUGUUGAACUGUGCUCAGGAGAUGAUUCCUGUCCUGAGGGAACGAAAUGCUGCAGCAAUGGAUGUGGUCAUGUCUGCAAAGCUGCUGUCUUCAAAAAGAUUGGCUCUGGUGGCCGUGCGAAAGUGAACUGAACAGUUAUUGAGCAUGCCUAAAGAACAGCACCUGAAGAUUUCUUGUGAAUCCACAAAUUCUAUGCUUGGCAUAACAAGACUUCCAUAUCCAUUCUUUGCUCUUUCCUUUGCCUGAAAUUGUAGCCCUGGGGGAUAAAGAUCUAAAAUGGUGCAAUGGCUGCUUUCUAAAAAAGACUUGUGUUCAAAAUAAACUAAAUCUGUGGCAUAG